GCGGAGAGACGCGGAGCCCGAGACGCAGCGGCGGCGGCGGCGACAGGUUUUCUGAUAAGAGACAAUGACUACUGAUGAAGGCACCAGCAACAAUGGAGAAAACCCGACAGCCACAGUGCUUGAGCAGGGAGAAGAUAUUACUACCAAAAAAGAUAGAGGAGUGCUAAAGAUUGUCAAAAGAGUGGGGUGCAGUGAUGAGGCCCCGAUGAUUGGCGACAGAGUGUACGUCCACUACAAAGGACAGCUGUCAAACGGGAAGAAGUUUGAUUCCAGCCAUGAUAGAAAUGAGCCCUUUGUCUUUAGCCUGGGCAAAGGCCAGGUUAUCAAAGCCUGGGACAUUGGCGUGUCUACCAUGCAGAAAGGAGAGGUCUGCCACUUGGUGUGUAAACCAGAAUAUGCCUACGGCUCUGCGGGCAGCCUCCCGAAAAUCCCCCCGAAUGCAACCCUCUUUUUCGAGAUUGAACUUCUUGAUUUCAAAGGAGAGGACUUGUUUGAGGACUCAGGCAUCAUCCGUAGAAUCAAGCGGAAAGGAGAAGGCUACUCCAACCCAAAUGAAGGGGCGACAGUGGAGGUCCACCUGGAAGGCUGCUGUGGCGGAAGGAUGUUUGACUGCAGAGAUGUGGUGUUCACUGUUGGCGAAGGAGAGGACCACGACAUUCCAAUUGGGGUCGACAAAGCCCUGGAGAAAAUGCAGAGGGAAGAGCAGUGUGUUUUAUAUCUGGGACCACGAUAUGGUUUUGGAGAGGCAGGGAAGCCUAAAUUUGGCAUUGAACCCAAUGCUGAGCUCACGUAUGAAGUUACACUUAAGAGCUUCGAAAAGGCCAAAGAGUCGUGGGAGAUGGACACCAAAGAAAAGCUGGAGCAGGCGGCCAUUGUCAAAGAGAAGGGAACUGUGUACUUCAAGGGCGGCAAGUACAUGCAGGCUGUGAUUCAGUACGGGAAGAUAGUGUCCUGGCUGGAGAUGGAGUAUGGCCUAUCGGAGAAGGAGUCAAAAGCCUCUGAAUCGUUCCUGCUUGCAGCCUUCCUAAACCUGGCCAUGUGCUACCUGAAGCUCCGAGAGUACACCAAAGCUGUGGAGUGCUGCGACAAGGCCCUUGGACUGGACAGCGCCAACGAGAAAGGCUUGUACCGAAGGGGCGAAGCCCAGCUGCUCAUGAAUGAGUUUGAGUCAGCCAAAGGUGACUUUGAGAGAGUGCUGGAAGUGAAUCCGCAGAACAAGGCCGCGAGACUGCAGAUCUCCGUGUGCCAGAAGAAGGCCAAGGAGCACAACGAGCGUGACCGCAGGGUGUACGCCAACAUGUUCAAGAAGUUUGCAGAGCAGGAUGAGAAGGAAGCGGCCAGCAAAGCAACAAGCAAGAAGACUGGAGAAGGAGCGGCUGGUAAAAGACCGGAGAGUCAGGCCAUGGGAGAAGGGAAGGCCGAAGGCCAUGUAUGACGCCGCGCCAAGGAGGGAAGAGAGUCCUGACUCCCUCGGCCCUCCUCGCUGGGCUCACACCCAGCUCAGGACUGAACAGUGUUUAGUGUAAGGUUUGUUACAGUCUCUGGGAUUCUGGAAGCAAAUGGCAAAACCAGUAGCUUCCCAAAAUAACCACCUACUGCUGCCUGGGGUGGGGUGGAGGACACGCCAGGAAGCAGACCAGAAAGGGCCGUUGGUGUGGAGAGACCAAGCCGGCGCUCAAGUCCAGCUCAUUUCAGUUUGUCCCCUUCAGUGCCCAGCAUGGUGUCCCUUGAUGAUCCUAAUGCCUGGCUGCUGGGGAGUCCAUCUGCCCUUCAGUAGCACUGCAGGAACCCCCGAAAACCUAACUCAGUGAUCUCUGCUUUCCUCCUGGGAGGUGGGGCAGGGUGGAAGGUGAGGUUUUGUUGGAAACUCACUCAAGUGCUGAGAACAUAAGCCCAAAAGGAGGGAUCUCCAGGUCCACAGCAGACUUGCAGGCCACUGCCUGCCUGCCCAGCUUCCCGGGUCCCUUCUCAGACUCUUGAGUGUGGCCGUCAGUCCCCAGGCUGGCCUUCCCUGAUGAGAACAGUGGAGUGGCCUUGCUUUCCCCGCUGUCCCUCCUUAGGAAUGAGUUCGCGCUCAGUGCUUCACGCUGCUGCUGCUGCUCAGCCUCGUGUUUCUGCCUCGCUGUGAGGAGCCUGAGGCUCCCUCCUCUUGUCCUAGACGUGGAGUGGACUGAUGUCCAGAUCCAACUAAGACUGAUGUGGUCACUCCUUUUUUUAAAUGGCUUGUAAGCGUGUUAGCGCGCUAUGGAAGGGACUUCACACUCCUCUAUCAUGCAAACAUACUUCUUCACUUUUUACUUUUUUGCUUAGGUUUUGAAAGGCAGAAUCUGUGAGGUUUGAAAGCAGACAGUUCCUCUUAGAAUAAGGGUACCUGGAGGUGCUGUCCCCCUGUCCCACAGCCUCUUCAUUCUGAUGUGGACUGUAAAGGAUGCUGGCUUCCCAUGCAGGUACACCACACCAAACUCUCCAGUAGUGGGCAUUGGGUCAGGGCACGUUUUAAAUAGUCACGCAGUUGGAUUUUAGUCCUACGGGUAGUGGAUGGGAUUGAGCAAGCCUUGCUUCUCCACAGCCAAGAAACCCCCAAGGGGAUGCACCCAACAGCCCAGGGAGCCGUUACCUAAGCCUGGAAACCUCGCUUUCCUAGCCCUAGGAACACUGGCAGUUGUGUUUAUAUGGGUUUUUAUUUUUAUGGUGGUUUUAAUAAAGCAAGUCUCAUCUUUAGGACCUUAAAACCUACAAAUCAAGUUGUUUCCCACUGUUCUGAUUUAAUUCUACGUGCAACCGAUGGAAUUAAGUUUUGAGGAAUUUCAUUUCCUGGUGACUAAAACCCCUUGAACUUCACACUUUACGCUUCUUCCUCUUUCCAUGAAUGUUUUCAACCCUGGUCUCCCCUAGGAGGUACAAAGAGCUGGAGGUGACUUCUCUUAUUUAACUCUCCAAUGUCCGUAGUUUUGUUAACUAGACCACAGAAACAGUGGGGGCAUGGCGAGAGCUUGAGUCUAACAAGUUAGGCCAGUUAGCUUCUUGCAGGAAACCUCACCAGCUAUCUCUCGAGUGUACGUCCUGGGCCAAGGAGACCAGUGCCGGGAGGGGGCAGUAUGUAAGGUUCCAAACCAGCACCCCUGGACAUGUUACUGUAGUCAGUAAUUCAAACAAUUUAUAUGGAAAUCAGAAGAUGUUGUCAAACCGCUAUUAGAUGGGAUAGAGUGAUGGAUGACCAGAUGAUAAAUUUAAAUUUUGGUUUUUAAAAAAUCUUUUAGAAUCUGGGAGUAGUGGUAUACUCCUCUUUAAUCCCAGUACUCAGGAGGCAGAGGCAGGUGGAUCUCUGUGAGUUCCAAGCCAACCUAG